UCUGAGUCAAUCCGAGAUUCUUUUAGCUGAGCGGCGACAUCCCACUUCCGGUACGUACACACAGAGGGGCAGGUGCGCUAGGCCCACUUUGCGCAAGCUCCAGCGCUAGCCGACCGAGAAUUACCCGUAAUUCGCCUGUUUCCACAAACCCUCACCACAAAUUGAUUUCACGAGCUGUUCGGGUCGAACUUUUUCUUCUCUUCGAACUUCAGCGGACAGGUCGAUCAUCAACAAACGCCCAACGACCACACGACAAACAAUCACCAUGGCCCCCAAGUCUGGCAAGAAGGCCGCUCCGGCCCCGUUCCCUUCCGCGAAGGCCGGCAAGAAGGCUCCCAAGAACCCUCUCAUCGAGAAGCGCCCUCGCAGCUUCGGCAUCGGCGGUGACAUCCAGCCCAAGCGCAACCUUUCGCGCAUGGUGAAGUGGCCCGAGUAUGUCCUGCUCCAGCGCCAGCGCAAGAUCCUCAACCUCCGCCUGAAGGUUCCCCCGGCGAUUGCCCAGUUCCAGCACGUUCUGGACCGCAACACCGCCGCCCAGGCUUUCAAGCUCCUCAACAAGUACCGCCCUGAGUCCAAGGCCGAGAAGAAGGAGCGUCUCACCAAGGAGGCUACCGCCAUCAAGGAGGGAAAGAAGAAGGAGGACGUCAGCAAGAAGCCCUACGCUGUCAAGUACGGUCUCAACCACGUCGUUGGCCUGAUCGAGAACAAGAAGGCUUCCCUCGUCCUCAUCCCCAACGAUGUCGACCCCAUUGAGCUCGUCAUCUUCCUGCCCGCUCUCUGCCGCAAGAUGGGUGUCCCCUACGCCAUCAUCAAGGGCAAGGCUCGUCUCGGAACUGUCGUCCACAAGAAGACCGCCGCCGUCCUGGCCCUGACUGAGGUUCGCUCCGAGGACAAGUCUGAGCUCUCCAAGCUCGUCAGCGCUGUCAAGGACGGCUACCUCGCCAACUCCGAGAACGCUCGCAAGCAGUGGGGUGGUGGCAUUAUGGGUGCCAAGGCCAACAAGCGUGAGGAGAAGAAGAAGAAGGCUCUCGAGACCGCCGUUAAGGUUUAAGGUUUUGACUUGUUCAUGGAUAAGGAGUUACGAAUCUGAAUCAUUGCACUGUACGGCGUUGGAGGGGUAAAAUGGAAUACCAAUCAAUGGAUUUGCACGACACCUACUCCUACUCACCUCGUUCCUGCACAGGAUCAGUGAAUGUGAAUAGUCAAUGCUAAAGGCUGGAAUAUGACCUUGAGACUUGAGCCAUACUAUGUCUAGAUCUACUGCACAAGCCUCUGUGACCACAGUAAUGAUUUGGGACUGUGGGUAGA